ACUCGAGCCACCAUCAACUUCUGCCCCUUUGUCCCUGUAAAAUCACGAGACGUCGAGAUGUUACUUCUCGAUUCACACGAUUGUAAUGCGUGUGGGAGCGGGGGAAUGAUUACAAAUAAUGAAAUGCUUUUGCUUUAAGGGUGAGCGACUGAUGAGGACGACUUCACGGGCCUUGUGCAGGCUUCCGAUUUAGAUCCCUGGGCCCCUCUAGUCGCAAUUCGUUCUGUAGAGUCGAUUUCUCAAGCUCGUUCAUGGAAUUAGGGAAUCGUCAGUUCGGUCUGUCGCAGAAUUGGCUCUUGUAGAAACAGAGGGCGCUUUCAGUGCCGGGUGAUUCGGAGUUCGCAGUCGCGGAGCAGGAUCUAGAAUCCUUGUUGCGAAGAGGGUGUCACGUUUUGGAAGUGAGACUACGUUUCUGUUGACGGAGCAGUGGUGAUGGAGGAAGACUUGGAAGUGGGAGGCCGAGGUGCGGUUCGUGGCGCUGCAGAGUUGCCGCGACUGGUGACUGAGGUGAGGGAAGCAUACAGGAACGGGAGGACGAGACCAGCGGCCUGGCGGGUCCAGCAGUUGAAUGGAAUUAUCCGUAUGAUCUCUGAGCGCGAGAGCGAAAUCGUGCAGACCCUGUACACCGACCUCGGCAAGCCCUCGCACGAGUCUUACGUCACCGAGGUGUCCCUGGUGCGAUCAGCUUGCAAACUUGCCAUCAAAGAGCUCAAGAAAUGGAUGGCUCCGCUCAAGGUAUCUGGAAGCAUAACAACUUUUCCAUCUUGGGGAGCAAUUGUAGCUGAGCCACUUGGAGUGGCGCUUGUGAUUUCUGCAUGGAAUUUCCCCUUCUUGUUGUCCGUAGAACCUCUGGUUGGAGCCAUCUCUGCGGGUUGUGCGAUGGUGCUCAAGCCUUCGGAGGUUGCCCCCGCGACGGCGGCCCUUCUUUCCAAGCUCGUCCCUCUUUACUUGGACAGCUCCGUCAUUCGAGUGGUGGAAGGUGGUGUUGAUGAGACCACUGUGUUGCUGGAUCAGCAAUGGGACAAAAUCUUUUACACAGGAAGUCCUAGAGUGGGAAGAAUUGUCAUGGCUGCGGCCUCCAAGCAUCUCACUCCUGUGACACUGGAGCUUGGUGGGAAGUGUCCGGUGUACAUUGAUCGCACAGCCGAUUUGAAGGUAGGAUUGAGGAGAAUUGCGCUCGGAAAAUGGGGCUGCAACAACGGACAGGCUUGCAUUGCACCAGAUUACCUUUUGAUAGACGAGAUCAUCGCGUCUGAAGUGGUUGACACUCUGAUAGACGUCAUUGAAACAUUCUACGGAAAAGAUCCCAAAACAUCACAAGAUUUGUCUCGAAUCGUGAACACCAAACACUACUCACGUCUCGCCGGCUUUCUGGACGAUCCUAAAAUAUCUUCCAAGAUUGUUCAUGGUGGAGCUAGAGAUGAUAACAAGUUGUACAUUUCUCCGACGCUCGUAUGCGACGUCCCUAUGGACUCGACUUUGAUGUCAGAGGAAAUUUUCGGCCCAAUUUUGCCAAUCAUCAAGGUGAAGGGAGUGCAAGAGGCCAUAGACAUCAUCAGCGACCGGCCGAAGCCGUUGGUGGCAUAUGUGUUUACCAAGAACAAGGAGGUGGAAAAGCGGAUUGUAGCGAGCAUUUCUUCCGGUGGCAUGGUUGUUAAUGACACCAUUGUGCAUUUCUUGAAUCCUGGUCUACCUUUCGGAGGCGUCGGCGAGAGUGGAAUGAGCUCAUACCAUGGCAAAUUCUCCUUCGACGCCUUCAGUCACAAAAAAGCGGUGCUGUACAGGAAUAACCUGGGUGACGUCCCUGCUCGAUUCCCGCCCUUCACCACGAUGAAGCAAAACUUUCGCAGAGCUAUAAUGGAUGGACACUACCUCAGCGCCGUCAUUUCUUUGACAGGCUUGAAGAAGUGACAUCCCGGAUUAGGGACUCACUUACAGAAGCACAAGCACCAAGACGAAUUUUCAGGGAUCCUUAAAUUGCUAAGUGGGCUGAUCCAAAUCUACGAAAAACACAACUGUACUGCUCGGUUGAGAUCGAAGUAGAAACCAAUGAAGGUUACACAAUGACGUGAUAUAUCUGCCCUAUUAUUAAAUAUUUCAGCGUACGAAAGUACCAACACUAACAUCUAGAAUUAGAGUAUCCACUAGUAUCCCCUACUAUAUCAAUCUUGUUAUACGCUGAUUAGCAACUGGUACUGCCCACCGAACAUCUCUCCAGUGAAAGUGAGUUGGGGCUACAGGUAUAAUGCCAUUUACUUACUCGCAGCUCUCCAACAGCUUCAAGAGCGGUUGAUGAUUUCAUGAACGAAAUGUUUUCUGCAUAGAUUCAGUCAACGCACACUGACAUCCCCGUCCAGGCCGGAGGUUGAUCACCACUGUACUGAUCGACGCAGAUGAUGUAACUUUGCCGCUUGCUACUGCCAUUAAUGUUUGCGGCUCUGCUCAUUGAUGCGAGACUUGGAAACGUCUACAAAUGGCCCCAAUUCCUGAGUCACAUCUCAAGUAGCCAUCGAGCCAUUUAGACCUUGAAAACAAAGUAGCAUGAUGCAACUGCAGUGCGAUCAUCUCUCAUGCGUCCAGAGUUUGGUGUGAUUCUCAGCUGCCAGCCCUGCUUCAAUGCUUUUCACAUCCAUGUGUCUGAUAAUUAUGUCAGUUCUGUGCAGGACUACAGUGACGGCGAGUCUUCGGUGAAGUCUAUGCUUUGGUACAUCUUCCUUGCUUUUGAAUCGUCUCACGAAAGCGACAAACAUUGACCCAGAAUUUGUAGUUAUUGUUCUUUGUUUGUUUUUUUUUUUAAAUUUAAUAAUAGAGAAUGGUUAUUUC